UUCUAGGACACGCUGUCGACAAUGGCAACGAGCGAAUUAGCAUUAGGAGCACGUUUUCAAUGGGGACAAAGCAAGGGGCGCUUUCCGACUCGAACUUCCGAGUGGUACUAGUAGAGUGCUUGCCGAUUCCCGAAAUACUGCGGCAAUAUGCAAACUUUCAAGUUGUUAACGACAAGUCACGGUGUCUGAAAUUGAACCACUUGGCAGUGUUCACUGUUUACAUACAACUCGAUGGCCCUUGGCCUGCUUCAUUGGGUGGGUGUGUUUCACCCCGAGUCAUUUAUGCGACAGGCAUGGCUGCUGAAGCUUCUCAACUGGAAGGCGAAGGGAGUGUUCCAAGAAGCGAACAACCUACGUCAUUAUCAGUCAACUCACAAUAAAAUGAUGAACGAAAAGGAUUACGACGAGCCUGAGAAAGCAGAAAGACUCUUCCCAACUCCGUCUCCUCCACCGACGGUACUUUGUUCACAGAGGUGGCCAGGAUGCAACCUCGAAUCAUUGACUGCGGUGCGGCACGCAUUGUUCGACAACCACACUCGAUAUCACAUCUUCAGGAAUUACAUUAAGUUUCACAAGAGAGAGCGGCCCCGUAAUUCAAGCAUUGUACAAGCGCAUGAUUCAGAGAUGCCUUUGUAUCACCCCACUCAAUCAUAGCGCAAAAUUUUGUUGACCAUCUCGCUGAUGAAAACUACUACGAAGCAUAUAUCACUUUCUUCGCUAAGGCCAUCGAAGAGAAGGGCGCCUCUGCAACUUUGGAUGAAUC